UCUUAAUAAUGCCUAAAAUUGAAAAUACAACAGGAAUGACAAUUAAUUUGAUUAUAGAUGAAUUAAAAAGUGAUGAUAUCAGAAAAAGAAUUCAUUCAGUCAAACACUUAGAUUUGAUUGCCAGUACAAUAGGUCCGGAGAGAACAAAGAAUGAAUUAAUCCCUUUCAUCUAAGGUAUAUACUCGAAUAUCAUUUAGAAUUGCUUGACGACGACGAUGAAGUCUUGAUUGAAUUAGUUGAAUCACUAUCUAAGAAUUUUAUUGAGCUCGUUGGUGGAUAAGUCUAGGUGUUGCUCCCCACUUUCGAAACAUUAUGUCGAGUGGAAGAUGCUUCGGUAAGGGAAAAAGUAAUAAAUGCAUAAUAUCGAGGCUGCUAAUCAAUUAAAGAAAUGUUUUGCUAUGUUGCCUGAUUAAAAGAAGGUAGAGGAAUUAUCAAUGGGGAUUAUAAAAAGAUUGAAUGAUAGCGAUUAUUAUUUGGCCAAGAACGCAGUUGUAAUACUGGUGCCAGCAGUUAUUAACUAAGUAUCCUAGAACAACUAGAAUGAUUUGAUUAACAUCAUACUUAAAAUUUCCUAAGAUCAAAUACCUCAAGUUAGAAAAUUUUCAUCAAUGUAUUUUUAAGUAUUUUGUUACAUAAUUGCAGGAUUUAGUGAAGCAUUUUCCAAUAGUAAAUGAGGCCUUCAUUUAAAAUACCCUAAACUCGUUCAUUAAAGAUGAAUAAGAUUUCAUUAGGAUGUAUAUAGUAGAUGCAUUGAUUGCAUUAAGCAAAACCGCCUUCUUCUAAAAACAAUAAACCUUUGUUCUUAAUAUGUUUAAAUAAUUGGCAGAAGAUCAAUCAUGGAGAGUGAGAUAUUAUUUUUGUGACAAAUUGGCUGAUGUAUUUGAGAAUCUAAAUUGUAUUAGAUAGGAGAUUCUGUGGGGAAGGAAGGUUAUCGAAAGAACUUUUAGAAUUACCAUCUCAAGUUUUUGUAAGACAAUGAGCCUGAGAUGAAGUCUAUCGCAGCACUGAAAAUUGAAAGAGUGAGUUCUUUGAUGGAUGCAGAUGACAUAAUGAAUAAAUUAAUUCCACUUUUGAAAACAAUUCAAUAGGAUUCAAACUCAUUUGUUAGAAGUAUGAUGUGAUUUAUAAAAAUCUCUUUAGAUUCCUUAGCUGCCUCUGUCUUAUCAUUGUCACCAAUUAUUGGUAAGAAAAAUACAAGUGAAUAGAUUUUACCAAUCUUCUUAACCUUACUGAAAGAUCAAGAUUCGGAAGUCAGGAUCACUUUAUUCAAAAAAUUAAGUCUGAUCACAAAUGUGUUAGGGGUUGAUUCUUUAUCAUAAAGUGUCAUUCCAGCUCUGACAGAAUUAGCCUAAGAUAAGAAUUGGAGAAUCAGGGCAUCUACAAUAGAGGUUCUAAGCUUCUUUGCCAGAGCCAUAGGUCCAGAAUUCUUAUCGGAUAAAGUUCUGAAGUUACUCUUAGAUUGGCUUGGUGAUAAAGUGUAUUCUGUUCGAUAAACAGCAAUUCAAUAAACUGCUUAAUUGAUCUAAAUUCUUGGCAUUGCAUGGGCUGAUAGAAAUUUGUUAACUAAAAUUUGGGGAUUUUAAUCUAUACAAAAUUAUCUUUAAAGACUCACAGUGUUAUUUACAAUUAGUGUAUUACUAUUGGUUUAUUAUUGUUUAGCAAAUAGCAUCUUCAUUGAACAAUGAUUACAUAUUGAAAACAAUUCUUCCUCUUUUAUAAUAAAUGUCAAAGGAUUCAGUUGCCAAUGUCAGGAGCAAUGUUUGCAAGACAUGUAUCUUAUUAGCAAAAGAGAAAGGGGGAAAUGUUGUAGAGCCAUUGAAAAAAGUGUUAUAGUCUCUUUGUGAUGAUUAAGAUGCAGAGGUUAAAUACUAAGCAAAAAGUGCAUUAGAAUCAUUAUGA